AUGGGCGUCUUUUCGCUCGUUGUUUCUCUCGUUUUUGCUUCUGCUCUUACAUCCGCUACGCCGACGGAGCAACAUCUGGACGAGCGACUGCUCGAUGACGACUAUGCGCCAAUUCCGGCUUCGUGCCCAAACACGCAGCUGGUGAGGCCCGCGGGAGGUAUCGGCUCGGAUGAGAGCAGAUACUACAAUGCUCGCAAGAGGAAAGCGGAUACUGGAUUGGCGGCUUGGUUGAAGAAGCAAGGUCGCUUCAAUACCAACUCUUUGCCUUCUGUUGGACUUGCGUCGAGCGGGGGUGGUUAUCGGGCUUUGUUGGAGGGUGCGGGUGUCGUGCAGGCUUUUGAUGGGAGGGAUGGGAAUUCGAGCGUCAGUGGGCUUUAUCAAGGGCUUACUUAUGAGUCUGGUUUAUCAGGAGGUGCAUGGUUCUUGAGUUCUCUCGCUGGUAACAACUGGCCAACGAUAUCAUCCCUGCGAGAUAAUCUAUGGGAAGACGCCUUCGAGAACAGCUUCCUCUUGCCUGCCAACAUCCUCAAUUCAGACCAGUACUUGGAGAUAACAGAUGAUAUCCUGGACAAGGAGAGAGCUGGGUUUGACACAACCAUUUUCGAUCCCUAUGGCCGUCUGCUCUCUUACGGCUUUCUUUACGGCCCUGACGGUGGCGAUGAAAUCCGGUUGUCCACCCUGACAUCAUACAGCAACUUCACCUCCUUCAAUGUGCCAUACCCGAUCAUGACCGCCCUUGGUGUCGACAGAAGCUACGAGGGCCAGUGCUAUCCCACCCUCAACGCAACCCAGUACGAAUUCCACCCUUACGAGUAUGGCUCUUGGGACAAAGGCGUCUCGGCCUUCGCCAACACAGAAUACAUGGGCAGCAACCUCACCAACGGCCGGCCGACCCAGGUAGGUAAAUGUAUCACCCACUACGAUAACAUCGGCUAUGUCUUCGGCACCAGCAGCGACAUCUUCUCCUCCGUCUGCCAACCCCUCGAGCCUCUCUUCGACGAAGACUCUCCACUGGCAAACUUACUCCAAGGUUUUAUCAACUCGACCGGGAGCCCAAGCUUUCAGGACCUUUUCGGCCUCUAUCCAAACCCCUUCUACAAAUACCCCCGUAGCAGCCGAGUCAACACCCAACCCAAACUCACCCUCGUCGACGGCGGCGUCGCAGGUCAAAACGUCCCAAUCUGGCCCUUCAUCCAACCCGGCCGAACCGUCGACGUCCUCAUCACGGGCGACAACUCAGCAGACACAAACGACAACUACCCCAACGGCACCGAACUCCACCAAACAUACCUCAACGCCCGCGCCGCCGGCCUGACCAAAAUGCCCUACAUCCCCGACGCCGACACCUUCGUCGCCCAAGGUCUCAACAAACGCGCCGCCUUCUUCGGCUGUCCCGCGCAAUUCAACACCAACUCCAGCAACGCCAACAGAAACCCCCCACCCUCCUACCACAACAACGGCCCCAACAACAACCAACCCACAAUCCUCAUCAUCAACCUCCCCAACGUGCCCUACAUCUACCCCUCCGGGCAAUCGACGCUGAAAAUCCAGUAUUCGAAGGCGGAGACGAGGGCGAUGAUUGCGAAUGGGAAUGCGAUUGCGACGCAGAAUGGGGAGGAGGGGUGGGCGGUUUGUUUGGCUUGUGCGGUGAAGUAUAAGGAUGGGUUGAGGGGGUUGCCGAGGCAGUGUGGGAAGUGUUUUGAGAGGUAUUGUUAUUUUGGGUAG